AGAGCUUCGUAACGUAGCGGAAGCACUAUCGCUCCGUCGCCUCUCUCCUGCGUGGUUCCACGAGUCAGCGAACAGGUCCAGCCAUGUCGAGUCUUCGCCUCCUGCUGCUGUUGGUCGUGUGUGUAACUGUGGCUGUCGGGGAGCCGCUGAGACAAAGAGCCCGCCGAGAAACCUCGUCAAGUUUCUACAGACCAGUGGGCUCAGGGCGGAACCUGAUAGAAGAGGCGGCCCUCGGCCAUGCUCUGUUCAGUGCCCCCCGAGGCGCACGGCUCUUGUAUUCGCAGCCUUCCAUCCCGCCCCUGGAGGACCGCCUGAUCGACAACGCCACACUCAUCAGAGCCAACAUUGUGGACACCUUCAGAUGCGACGACCGCGUGUACGGCUACUACGCGGACCAGGACAACGACUGCCAGAUCUUCCACGUGUGCCUGCCGCUGAAGCAGCUGUUCCCGGCCAACUUCACCCAACCCAUCACUUACCAGUUCUCCUUCAUCUGCCCCUUGCACACGAUAUUCUCUCAGGACUCCAUGGUGUGUGCCUGGGAGGAGGAGGCGCUGGAGUGUGAGUACGCCCAUGAGUUGUACUGGAUGAACCAAAACUUCUUCAGGAAGAUCACCAAUCCUGACGGGAAGGAGGGUUACGCCCAAGUGAACUCGCCCCUCAAUUAGGACUGCUGGUGUCGCCUGGACGUGGGGGACGGUGGUGGGCAUUACGGUGUAGGGCAGCGCGGGGCAUGGGGACAACUGCUUUCUCUUGAUCAACAUUGUCUUGCUUUUAUCGUCUGUGUGUCUGUUUGGCUGAGUAUGUGUUUGUGUCCAGAUAAUCUUAUAUCAGCUUAGUAACCUGUAUGAGAUUAUGUAUAUGCAACAGUCUACCACUUCGAGCUCCGUUUUCUCUGGAGCAUCGCCGGCCUGGAAAAUACGAGGCACCCCAAAAGGUCGUCCUAAAAGGCAGCUUCUCUGUUCUCUUGGUGAUUCCUGAGAUAUAUCAUCUAGCUCAUGGCGCUCCAAGGGGGGAUACAGAGGCUUAGUGGUGCAGGUUUCUCUAAUCCGAGGUUUGCAUGUUGCUGACUUAACGUUCCGCGAGGCUCAGCACCGGAAGGCUCCAUGUUAGGUGACGGUCACGGAGCCGCCGAACUUUCGUAUCAAACUCCAUCCACGAUAAAUUGGUUUCCCCGCCCGUCCACUGCCUCCACCUCGCUCUUUGUCGCUGCCACCCACUCUGGAACGCUUAUGAAACAUCUCCCGUCGUCCGCUGCCUCCCCGCUGGUUUUCUUCAUUGACUGCGUCGCUACAAACCUUCCAAACCCUCGCUCAGUCCAUGUGAUUGGCCCGAGCAUCACCCUCUUGCACUCUCACAGGCUCGCGGUCUAUUAUGUUUCAAGUGGGCACCGACCCCCUUCCUUAGGUUACAUACUAAAAAGGUAACGUUAAAGUUUUGGGGCAUAUGAUAUAACUGCGCGUGGCCUCGGUGCUCAUCUCCGUAGCAUUAGCAAAUAUCCAAGCAGUGAAAAUAGAUUCAAAGUCAAAGCGGAUUGGACUUGUGCACUGAUGUAAACUGAACUUCUUUUAUAUCUUUUUUCGUGUCCAGACUUACUAUUUUGUUUGUCGUUUCUCUCUAAAUGAAGGUGCAAACUAUUUUUCUUUAUACCUUGGACCGCGUUGCCUGUAGCUGGACAUUCCCUCCCUCUCUCUCUCUUUCUCUCUCUCUCUUUUUCAUUUACGUCUGACCGUGUUGCGUCUAGCCGGACAUUCCGUCUUUUUUUCGUUUUCUCUUUUUGUUUCAUUUCCCGUUUUAGGCGUUCCGGAGGCGGGUGGGCAGCGUCUGGGCAUUGGCGUUCGUUGCUUUAACAUUAACAAAGGGCAUUACUCUCUCUCUCUCUCUCUCUCUCUCUCUCUCUCUCUCUCUCUCUCUCUCUCUCUCUCAUGCAAUGCAGACUUGUGGCCACACACAUAACAACGGGCAUUAUAAGAAAGGUGUUCAAUCUACGUAACAAAGGUGUGUGUGUGUGUGUGUGUGUGUGUGUGUGUGUGUGUGUGUUCGUCAAUGGGCAAUGCUUGACUUAUAUCGUGUAUGUACAAUCAGUUCUGUUACCUGUCUGUCAUUAACUGUCGCAUUAAAUUACUGGAUUGGUUUA